UGUACAGUACAGAUUGUGCAAUGCCAAGGUGUAGACUUUGGUGCCGGCUGAAGUGGUGGUUCUGCUGCUGCUGCUGCUGCUGCACGGACUCGGGUGACACUUUUCCCGCACAAAAGAUGAAUGCCAAUUCAAUUCUCGUGAUUGUAUCACAAACGCGGCGUUUGCUAACCAACUUUCUUUCUUUUUUUCAACUUUUUGCUUUUAGCACAGAAGCUCGUCUAUCAAUGCAAGUUGUACCUCGAAGUUUCCUGAUGGCAAGCUCUUCCAACAGCAAUAGCUAUCGCGAGCUUGAGGAUGGCGAUGAUGGAGAAGAGGACGAUCGCCAGAGCCUUUUACUCCUCAGUUGGAACUCUACUACGAUCCAUCUUGCAGAGUUUGCAACGUUACCGUUUCUUUUUCUGCAACUCCCUCAGAUCAUUCUCAACGCUCGGAACUUGAUUGCUGGGAACUACGAAGCAUUGUCAGCAGUGCAAUGGAUGGGACAAUUGACGAGCUUGCUGGGAAAUCUCUCGCUACUUUCAUAUUUUGCUGGACGACGUGAGCGAGGUGCCAUGGCUGUUCAAGCGGUUGGCGUGCUUACGACUUUGGUGGUUUUGAUCCAACUUGGAAUAGCAGGCGCAAUGCCUUCCCUGGCUUUGGCUGGAACAGUGAUCGCAGUGGCCUUUGGUUUGCUGCUCAACCUUUUAAACUACCUGCUACUUCUACGUGAAUGGUUGUGGAAGAUCUGGGAAGCAGUGAUCAGUGUUGGUGGCGCGACCGUUCUCUUGCAGGUGAUGUGGUCUACGUUCGAACCUCACAUUCCACACACCAUUCUUCCAGCCGUGAUAACUGGUAUCGCAACACUCACUUUAGUGGCAAUGGAUGCUAUCGGUUUCUUGCCUCAGAAAUGGUCAGACUUCUUGGUUGCUCUUUCGGCAUGGACUGCAACCUUGCUCUUCAUGUGGACGCCGGUGGCUCAAAUGUUCCAGAAUUUUAUCGACCCCGAGAACAUCAAGGGCUUGUCACCCUUAACAAUUCUGCUGGCCAUGAUUGGCAAUGGACUUCUCGUCCCUCGGGCUCUAUUCACCAGAGAUCUCAUGUGGUUCACAGGUGCGGCUUGGGGGACUUUGUUUCAAGGUUGGGGACUACUUCUAACGCUUUGGAUAGCUCGUGCUUUGAGUGGUACAGUUUUUGGGACAGUCACGGGAUUACUCACAACAUGGCUGGCAGGAUAUGUGAUGCAAAAAGACUCCACCGCAUAUGCAUUGAAGUGCUCGCUGUGUCCCUUGCUGGAGCUGUGCCUUGGUAAAAGAAUGCCAAUUUAAACAAAGAAGCGGGUGUGUGACUGUAUGGAAAUUGAUAUUAAAUUUAACGUCCUGUGUAAAAGAAAAACGUAUUCUACGAAAAACAAGCCAUUAUAAUUACUUUGAUUAUAAAUUUAAUAAAUUAUAAACAUGUUUAUCUA